AUGGUUCGCGUCACCAACGAUCUGGCGCUCUCGCCUGAGCACCUGACCCUCUAUUACGUCUCCGACCCGCUCCUCGGCCAUCUUCCUAUCCUCAUCUUCCAUGGCCCCUCGACCACAGCCAACUACACUCUCAACAGUUCCAGGGUUCAGGUCCACGUCUUCACACCCGCCGGCUUCCAGUCCUACCCGCGCCUCACCAUAUCUCCCAACUCAGCACCCUACAGCGUUGUCGACUACCUACCCCGCGAAUUCCAGGGCGACGAGGUCUAUCGCGGCCUGGCAUUUGGCCUCUUCAAAUACUUCUCCGAGCUUUCCGAUGGCGUCAAGAGUUACCUGAAGAACCUGUACCUUACUAGGGGCGGGCGACCUGGAAGCGUACCCGAACUCUUUGGCGAGCAGCACGCCGCCGAUCUCGUCAAGUCGGUAAUCCAAAGCGAGAACACGGUCGACGUGGUCGCCACUCUUCAAGAAGCAUUGCAGACGCAGCAUCUGAACAAUGUCGAUAUCGACUUCGUCUUGCCGCCUGGUGCCAUCGUGCCUCUUCAGGCUGCUGACCUGGAGGAGGUCCCCGACAACGACGACGAUAUUCUUGACCCCACUUUGCGCCAAUAUGGAGGAUAUACCCCGUUAGUCAAACUCCUCGGAGAGCCCGUCUUUCUUCCCACCAGCAAGUUGCGCCGCGCUCCAUCGAAGCCGACAUCGUUGAACCGGGGGAGGUCAUUUACAAAACACCAAAGGAUCGAGCUGCGUUUAAAGCUGGGAGAACUGGUGGAUACGGAAGUUCGCUAUGUCCAGAAAUUGCGCGAGCUGGUGGAUCACAUUGCUAAAGACUUCCGAGAAAGUGCCAAGAAACGCGACCCCGCGAGCAAGAGCCCCUCGGAAGAGGAGCUGGAGAAGCUGUUUCCAACCUCGGCGGACGAGAUUCUCCGCCUCAACUCGUCAUUCUUGCAGGAACUUCAACAGAUCAUGGACAGUACCGAGGAUGAAGCAGCGCUGGACAUGGACUCCGCCACAAUCCACAUUGCUGGCUCUAAACCGGGCUCCCCCGCAAAAAGCAAAGACCCCAGCGGCGUACUCUCCAUGGCCAGGCUAUUCUUGGAGCGGUUCCCCAAAUUUACGGAAUGUUACCAGGACUACAUCAAGGCCAGCCAACACUUCCCAACGCUGCUCAACUCAUUCAUGGACGAGCAGUCGACCUUCAGGCAGAGAGUCGCGCAGACGGGUGAGCAGGCCAUACGAUCUAUCCUAAUCGAGCCAGUGCAACGCCUGCCGAGGUACAGCCUCCUCAUUGAUCAAAUAGUUGGCUGUCUGCCCAUGACACAUCCCGCAUUGCAGCCGAUGCUCAAGUCGAGAGACAUUAUCACCAACAUCUGUUCCAUGGAUGACCCUCACCCAAACAAGCCACAUGUUACCAGCAGGCUCCGGAACAUGGUCGAGUCCUGGCCGAUGGACCUUGAGCCCCAGGGCCGUCUCAUUGGUUCGGUAGACUUUGUCGAGCUGGACGCGCCCUACCGUCCGGAUGCGAACGAACCCGAUAAACCAGGCGUCUUCCUCCUCUUUUCUGACUGUAUAAUCAUUAUGAAGAAGACGACCGAUAAAAUUACGGGCCGGGAUUUGAUCAGGGAAGUCGACAAGCCGUCGGCCGCUGGACUGCUUAUUUCAAUGACAAAUGCUGCCGGCGGGCCGCCGUCGUACGACUUCGUCUUGACCGGAUGGCAUAAUCUUGCCGAUGUUCGCUUUACCGAGUCGUCCGAUGGAACAUUGGUCUGGAUGACUUCGACUGCAGACAUGAAGGGAGUCCACACUGGCGAGCACAAAAUAAGCAAAGCACCGACAUCACGAUGCUUUCUUCUCAAGGAAUCCCUACAAGGCAAAGCUGCCAAGUUUGGUGAGGACAUCGUCAAGGCUAGAGUGGAAGCCCGCUUCUCAGAAUCGGAGCGCGAGGAUCCAUGCUGGACGCUUCGAUCAACUCGCAUGCCCGACACCAACCUGGGACUCCACGCUGCCGUGUAUCAGGAGGGCGCGUCCGAGCUGAUCGACGGUCGGCGUGAGCCAGCACCUAUCCGAGUGGUUGUCGACCACGAGAAGGGUACCAAGGGCGCUCCUGUGGGACACUACGGCGUAGAGAUUGUGGUAGACUUGCAGAGCAACGACCUCAAGCGUGUGGCCAUGGUCUCCAUGGGACUGAAUGGGAAGCAAUUCCAGGAUGAUGUGGCGCUCGAAGACUUUUUGCCCACCCUGUCCCGGCGAAUUAUUCAACUCGUCAGCUCCCAAUUCAAUGUCUCCAAUAUCAGUCUAGCUGCAGCCCUGGUGUCAUACUACUCCAAAACAUUACGCAACUUGCCGCUGUCAACCCGAGCCGAAAAGACGCGCUCUUUUCUCCCAUCCUCCCCUGUUAAGCUAUUCUCAAACUUGUGGGCUGGAUCUAGUACGCCGGACGUCACGAGCUCGAAGCACCAGCGCCAUGAAUCGACGAUGCAUCAAAACAACAGCCAGAGCUCUUUCCUGAACGCACUGGGCUCCAUGCGUGGCAAGGAUGAUCGGAUUGCAACGGAGGAAAUCAGGCCGGACAACCCGCUUGUGAGGCUGGAACAGACCUUUAUCGGAUACGUAGCUGCCGUACAAUCCCGAAAGGGGGCUAUCAUUGGGCGGGCGCUGCUCAACCGCUCUUUCAGCGAUGAACUUUUGGUGAAUGAGCUGUAUAACAAGCUCAUCGAGAGCCCUUAUGACUUUGACGCCUCGGCGGACGUCAGCACCGAAGUCAUUUUUGUGGCGUUUGAAAAGUUCCUGCGCAUAGCAUGGGCCGAACAGAUGGGUCCUGUCAUUACGAUGCAAUUAUUGGACACGCUCCUGGAGCGUGCAAACAAACGAGUCCCCGGAGACUUUGCCGACUUUGUCAAUUACCUAUUCAGCGACAUUGCACCUCAAAACCGCAGAGCCUUCACCUCGCUCAUCAAACUGCUUGCUGAUUUACUGGAUGGGUGUGGAAAUGACAGCGAUCGCGGGGUGUUGACGCUCACCUUUGCCGAGAUGCUGGUCUCUGAGGAUGGGACGGCACACAACUACAUCAACUUGCUCGACAGGCUCGUCGAGGAUUGUGACCGGAUGUUCGAGGAGCCUGGCUUGAGCCAUGGCAUGAACAACAUGGGAAGUGAUGCGUAUGCGUCGGUCAAUUCUGCCACCCGGGGAGGAAAGUCCUAUACCCCGUCACUCACGUCGAAUACGUCGUCAAUCCGCCGAAAGUUUGGCUUCGACACGCUCUUGCGCCAGAACAGCAAAGACGAGCGCGGUUCUGUCUGGCGCACAUUAAGCAAGCAUCGCAAUCCCGCUACGGGCGAGGCGACGGGCUUCAACAAACCUUUGGGACGCAGUGGGUCGGUGGAUGACGAUUCGGUUUCCAAGCGAAUGGUGCGCCGUCCAGGCUCUCGCGACAGGCCCCCCAUCUCUGGAGCAUCUGACAGUCCCUCGUCACGACCAGGAAGCUCGCACCGCAUGGAUUUCCCACUGGAUACGAUAGGAGAGCCCGACACUGAUAGCCCGACCGACAAGGGACGAUACAGGAAGCGGCGUAGCUCCCUAUCGGACCUGAAGACUCUCAUGGCUUCAGCGACCAUUACGGACGAGCCACUCCAGCCUUUGCAGCAGACGUCUGAGAAUUCCAACUCUUCCCCCAAGCCUCCGACCCCAUCCAAAAUCCCGGUCAGCCCCGGCCCAAAUCAGAGUCUCAGGUCGCCUGCGAGGCAGAAGGAGAAUGUCUCAAACUCUUCGAAUGCGACAUCCCCCGGGACGACGGGCUCGGGGAAGAAGAUCUCUCACUCACGCCAGGGGUCAAUGAGAGAGCCACACAGGAGAACCCAGACACUGUCGACCUCCAACAUCCCGACCUUGAGACCCUGGAGGUCGGAAGCGACAGGCGCCGACUCUCCGCCACGGACUACCAGCCCCACACGACCGGGUAACGCGAAGCUCCGCAUACAAUCCCCCCAGAAGCUGCGCGAACGACUGGAGGCGGAAAAGAAGGUUGUCGAAGAGGUAGACACGUUUCUGAAGUCGGAACUGUCCAAGAUUGGCGAUGAGAUGGCGUGGCUUUCGACCUCGAGUGCCCAGACACCAGCGGACCUGCGCGGGCUGGCAUCCUCCGUCAGGACACUGGAAGACAAGUUACUGUCGGCGCUGGAAGGGAUUAGCGAGAAGCAGACGGUGAUGCAGCGGGACAUGGAGACGACAGUCAAGGCAUCGGAAGCCAAGGCCAAGGCCAUCGACCAGCUGUACAAGGAGGCCAUGGCGGAGAAUGAGCUUCUCUAUGAGAGGUUCCAUGGCGAGCUGGGCAGGAUCGUCAAAGCAAUCAAGGGCAAAGGAAAGGAGGACAAGGAGGAGCUGCUGGAAAAGCUCAAGGAGCAAGGCGAGGAAGCGGCUCGGGUAAAGAAGGAGAACGGGAGGCUGAGGAGGGAGAUGGCGAGCCUGCGGGCGGCGCUGAAGGCUACG